UGAGCUCAAAGUUUUACUUUCAUUUUGCUGUUUUCGUGAACCAAGAGGAGGAAGAGAGAGAGAGAAAACAAGUAAUUUCUGUUCGAAUUGGCCGAGUGAUGGCUCUGGACAGGAUUCGAGAUGUCACCCUGAAGCUGCUGUGCUCCCACGGGGGCUGUAUGCAGUACAGCACCUUACGGAGGGAGCUGUGUCAGGUCCUGCAGGUCAGAGACUGGGAGCUGUGCCGGGUGCUGAGGGCGAGCCAGUGUUUCGCUAUCGUGCCGGGCCAGGGCUCCAAGCGAGCCGGCUCCGAGCUGAGCGAGGACAGCCAGCUCAUUGCCACCACCUCGGUCAGACUGUGCAAGGACUUCCUGAAGAAGAACUGCAGCGGCUCCUGCAGCCAGAUCCACCUCUGCAAAUUCUUCCUCCUGGGCAAUUGCAAAUUCUCCAAGGGGAGAAACACCUGCAACUUCUCGCAUGCUAUCCAUUCUCCUCACAACCUGAGUGUACUAUCUUCAAUAGCAAAGCUGACCGAGGCGGAACUGCGACAGCUCCUCCUUCAGAAUGAUACAUCUCUGCUGCCUGAGAUUUGCACGUUUUACAACAAAGGCCCCGGUCGCUAUGGCAGCUGCACCUACAAGCAGGAAUGCACUAAGCUUCACGUCUGCCUCCACUACGUCCAGGGCUCCUGCAAGUUCGGGUCAAGUUGUAAGCGCUGCCAUAGUUUCAGUGACAGCAACAGCGCCAUGACCCUGGAGAAUCUGAGAGCCGACGUGGCUCGAAACCUGCUGCAAACAUACCAGAACCUGUACAGCAUCAAAAACUACACACCGCACGAUGGUAAAGCCACAGAGAAGUCACCUCGAUCCCGACAAUCUUCCGGCAGCUCCAGUGGUGAUGUGGACAGCGAGGAGAUCUGCCUCUACUUUGUCAGGAAGAACUGCAGCUUUAAAGAUCAAUGUAACCGGGUUCACUUCAAGCUCCCUUAUCGAUGGCAGAUUUAUGAGGAAUCGUGGCAAGAUCUCCUGAACAUGGAGCAGAUCGAGAAGGAUUACUGCGAUCCCAGUAAGACCAGAUCCUCAGUGAUUAACUUUGAUGCCAUGGUAAGUGGCUUGAGCCAGAUUAGACGCCUGUCCACAGCCUCCUCCGUCACAAAGCCUCCACAUUACAUCCUGACCACAGAAUGGCUAUGGUACUGGAAGGACGAAUACGGAAAGUGGAUUGAAUAUGGGAAACAGGAUGGGCUGCACAGUGCUGCCAGCACAACAUCCAUUAACCUGGAGAAGGCGUAUUUGGCAGACAGUAAUGGGAAAGUGGAAUUCACGGCUGGAAAGCAUCAAUAUGUGCUGAGCUUUAAAGAAAUGUGUCAGACAAACACGCACAUUGGGACUCAGAGAGCUGUCCGGAGGAGGCCCAAGUUUAUCUCUGAGAAAGAUUUGGAGAAUCAGAUACAAAACCAAGGAAAACCUGGACAGUCAGGGAACGCUCGAGGAAAAUCCAUUCCAACCAACUGGGAUAAAUCCCUUGAUGUGGACAUGGAAUAUAAGCUUGUUCGAGUGCUUGAGUCUUCAGAGGAAUAUAAACAGGUGCAGACCCUCUUUCAGCGGACAAUGAGAAACAGUGUCAUCCAGAAAAUCGAGCGAGUCCAAAAUCUGGCUCUUUGGGAAGUCUUUCAAUGGCAGAAGGAGCAGAUGAGAAAGGCCAGUGGUGGUGCAGAUGUGGUUGAGAAGCAGCUUUUCCAUGGCACGGAUCCCAAAUUUAUUGAGGCCAUCUGCCAGCAGAACUUUGACUGGAGGAUCUGUGGAGUUCAUGGAACCGCUUACGGAAGAGGAACCUACUUUGCUCGAGAUGCGUCCUAUUCCCAUAAUUACUGCCAGCCAAGGCAAGGAGCAAUGACCAUGUUUGUUGCUCGGGUUUUGGUGGGGCAGUUUGUGAAAGGAGAUUCCAGUUACCUCCGGCCACCCUUAAGAGACGGCUCAAAGUCCAGCUAUUACGACAGCUGUGUUAACGACGUCUCCAACCCCUCGAUAUUCGUCAUCUUUGAGAAACACCAGAUCUACCCUGAGUACGUGAUAGAUUACAAAAGUUAAAGCGAGUCACUGUGUGAGCUGGGCAGGACAUGGCUGAGUCCACAUCUGCAGGUGUGAAGGAACCUGUUUGUAACUUCAUCUCACUGUCUCCCUGUGUAAUGGAAAUAUUUAAAACAGAUGUAUGAUUGGUUAGAAAUUCAUCCUUUCUGGUUCAACUGUGUUGGCCUCUGUCUCCAACUCAUACCAGAGCUGCUCAGAUCCUCUAAGUCAUAGUUAUUUUUGUAACAAUUUUUUAUACAACUGAGUCGCUUGCUUGGCUAUUUCAGAGUCAAUGACAUUGCUGUGGGACCAGACACAUUUCAGGCCAGUCAGUGAACAGAGAUGGAAUAUUAGUGCAAGUGUGGCAAAUUUAUAAUCAUUUAAGCUAGUAGCUUUUUAAUUACACUUAUUUUAAUUGGUUGUGUUUAAAUUUUCCAGCUACCUUGGAUGACAUUUCAUUUUAAGUCUUCAUUGAUUAUUAAUACCGGUUUCUUGGCCAGAAAUAUAAUCUCUGUACUACAUUAACAUCUCACAUCUUUCACUUAGGAAUGAUGAAAUGUACUGCACUUUCUGGUAAACUCCAUUCUUUUGUAGUGUCAUAGUGCUCUUAAAGUCAUGCUGACAAAAUAAAGACUGAAGAAAUUACAAAAGAAAAUCAGAUGCUGGAAAUCUGAAGUAGAAACAGAAACAUUUCAGAGAGCGCUUGGCAUUGGUGGAAAGAGAAAUGGAGAUAUCUGCGAGGGUUUGAUGUGUCUCCCAUCCAGGGAGUCAGGAGCAAACCAGUCUGAGUCACUUCCAACCUGAUUUUUAUUGGGAAGCAAUUUUAUUACAGUAAAGGCACAUAUAUUCUGACUUCACUCUAGCCCUGUGUUGGUAAGUAUCUCCGUGCUGGUAAAUCAAUAAAAGAUAUUGAGUCAAAUGAAAAGGUGAGAUCUGUUCUGUCUCAGCAGCACCACCGCGAGUGGUGGCCACUACUGGAACAGCAGCCAGUUAGGAACAGCAAAGACAGAAAGGAGGUGAGUUGGGUUUGGCCUUAUUAGGGCCAGUCAGGCUGCUCACAGAGAGGUUGGCAGGAGUGGUGAUGGGGCUGGUGUCGAAUGCAGGUGAAGGUUGUCAAGUUUGCUAAGGCUGCCACCUGGGCAAACCUGGCAGUCUCUCUGCCUGGUCGAAGGCCCCUCCACCCCCUAUCACCACUCGGCAGUAAAAUGCUAGCAACAGCAGGAUGGUGACGGGUAUUCACUGUCUCCAGCCUGCGGAGUGAAACAGGUUUCUGAGGCUUCUUUUUGUUUUGCGCUCAACAGGAAGAAUGCAAGAAUUGCAAAGUUUCAAAUGAUUGCAACAGGAAAAAGAGGGCGCUGGAUUCGGUGUGGCUGAGGGCAUUGCCUUAGGAAAAACUGCUGAGGCUCCAGUAUAGGCUUGCCAAGCCUCUGGGUGAUGAAGAAAGGUGCCAGGCUUGAACACCCUUUUGGUUUGCAGCUAACAGGUGUUUUUGUAUUUAUGGCUGCCACUUGUAGCCAUGUCAUAAGCUUGAUUGAUUCAAUAUGAUUCUAUAAUUAGGCAGCAAUGGCUGGCCAAUACUGAGUGUGCUAAUAGCCAGAAUAACAACCAUAGUCAUAGAAUCAUACUAACUUAAGAUUUAGUAGCGCUUAAUAUUUAUGAUUGCUGGAAUGGGAGCACCAUCUCCGCAAACAAAAAGACUAAGUUCAAGCCUUGCACCUUUCCUGAGUCACGCAGGAGCUUAGAGAGCCUUAGUUCCCUAUUGCUUUUUCCAUCACAACACCUUGACUAAUCAGAGUUGACGUUGCAACUAAUCAGGAGAAAGUGAGGACUGCAGAUGCUGGAGAUCAGAGUCGAGUGUCGUGCUGGAAAAGCACAGCAGAUCAGUCAGCAUCUGAGGAACAGUAGAGUCGACAUUUCAGGCAUAAGCGCUUUAUCAGGAAUCUCAGAUUCCUGAUGAAGGGCUUAUGCCCGAAACGUCAAUUCUCCUGCUCCUCGGAUGCUGCCUGACCUGUUGUGCUCAAUGGCAACUAAUCAGCACUCAUUUUUUUUUCUCUCAUGUAGUAGAAAUCCUGACUGCUUGAAAUUUGGCAUUCUUGUGUUUUUCCUGAUGAAUGCAAGACAAAAGCUUUGGCCAGGGGUCUCCCUUUACAGCUAGAUUCUAAGUAUUCUAUUGGCUGUCCACACACACAUAUGAACUGACGGCUUACAACAGUGUGGCUGCCAUUGCCAACUAGAAAAGUUCCUUGUUGGCAAACCAUCAUCAGAAAUUUGGCACCGCUAUUCUUAUUGCCUCUUUCUAUUCUUUUAACUAUACUGAGUCAUUGACAGAGCUUUUCAACAAAGGGGAGUUCCAACAACAAUAGACUGAAUUUCUAAAGCUCCUUUAGCAUCGUAAAAAUGACCCAAGGUGCAUAACAAGGAGCAUUACAGCAAAAAUUGGCACUGAGCUACUCAAGUAGAUAUUGGGAGUAACGACCAGAAUAUUCCUCAAAGAGGUUGGUUCAAGGAAGAUUGUAAAGGGGGAGCUAUGGAUGGGAUGGUUUCAGAAGGGAACUCCAAAUCUUAGGCCCAGGCAGUAGACUAUCAUUUAGUGAAAUGAUAGCAUUCACAAUGUGCAGGAGGCUAGAAUUAGAACAGCAAAGAGAUUAUGGCAGGAAAAGAGGAUAGCUUUUAAAUACAAAAUCACGUUGGCUACUUGUAGACAUGGAACCAUGGUCAGGAAGAAUCUCAUAGUCAUUGAGAUUUGCCUGGCCAUGAUUCCAAUCACUAAAUAAAGCUUAAAGGAAAGGUGAUGUGCUUUGUUUCCUGGAUUUCGAUGUGUUUAACUAGCGGUGGGGGCAGGAAUAUUACCUAGAACUUUGGUUGUUAAUCUGUUUAACUGUUGCAAUAAAACUAACAAAUAAAAAUAAAUGCUGUCUUGUACCUCUGAA